AGAAAUGACAUUUGCGUUAGCAUCUGUCUGAACCUAUUCACUUGCAUAAGAGUAGCGCUACAUAUAUUGUGUGCUUUUCUGGGGAUCUACUUCCCAUCCUUUCCCCAACUUAUAAAUAAUAUUAGCUGAUAUAUUUGUCCUUUCCUCUGCGUGUGUGUGUGAGUGUGUGUGGACUCUUUUGCACUCCUUUUCGUUUACUUCUAAGAUAUUUAUUUUUAUUGGUAUUACCAUUGUUGGUGUAUUCAACCUUCUGCCCUCUGCAUCGCCGUUUUUGCGUGCUCUCUCUCUCUCUCUCUCUCUCGCAUUUUAUUUUGUCGUUGUUGUUGCACCUGACUCCAUCGCUCAGCACACGUGUCUUUUCCCCUACACACACGUGGGCAUUGCGGAGGCACAUUCAAUCCCCUUGGGCCUUGACAAGCCUUUUCCGUUUGAUUUUUAAGAGAGUUUUACGCUUCAAGCGAUACAACAAAGUAUUCAACACGCUCAUUCCCACAGACGCAGAGUUGUGUAAGGAGCUGGAAUCAUGGCCGCGUUAAACCACUCGCCUGACCGGUUCGUCUACAUGCCGUUUCGCCGCGGCGAGAAGGACAUCCCGGACUGGUCACUGCUCUCGCGCUACGUCGCCACGAACCACUCUAGCAGCAACACGACGACGGUGGACGACGCCAUUAAGUCGAUGGGUGCCUUCCACAACACGAUCGUGAAGACCUGCACGCUGGACGAUGCAAAGCGGACCCCGAAUGAGAGCUUCAUCAAGCACACCCUCCUCCGGUACUGCCGUCUUGUCGGCCAGGCUCAGGCGCACCUCCCGCUGCACAGUGGCAUGGUCAGCAAAAACCUACACUUUCUCUGGCGGGACAGCUUCGACGAGUCGGCCAAGUACGACAGCACCAACUCGAAUUCGGAGCUGGUCAGCUGCAUCUACAACCUCGCGGCCUCUUAUGCGUUCGUGGCGACGACGCAGGCGCACACCGGCACGACUGAGGACGUGAAGGAGGCUUACAAGAACUUCCAGGCUGCCGCGGGCUACUAUGAGAUGGUCACCUCCAUGCUGGGCCGCCUCCCGUCCGAUCAGCUCACGAAGGGUGACAUGAAGAAGGACUCGCUGACGAUGCUCACGCGAUUGUGCCUUGCCGAGGCGCACCACUGCGGCUACCUGAAGGCAGAGGAAGCCUUGAAGGCGAAGCCGGAUAUGCUGUCCAAGAUCGCCGCGGAGGCUGCGAGGCAGUACGACGAGGUGCUGUCCAUGUUCAAAACUUCCGUCUGGCUGUCGAAGAAGGUGGCGAAUGCGAAGGACGUGGAGACGCUCCUGACGUCAAACGUGAUCAUCUUCAAGGCGCGCGCCCACAUGCACCUCGCCGUCCGCGACGAGGCUGGGGGUGAACUUGGUGAGGCGAUUGGCCACUACCGCAAGGCGCAGGAGCACCUGGCGAAGCUGCCGCGCAUGCCGAACCAGCCGCUGACCAUCUGGGUCAACAGCAUCGUCACCAGCGUGAACAGCGCCGAGGACAAGGCGGAGAAGUCGAACAACUCCGUCUACUUUGCGCGGGUUCCGAAGGAGGUUCCGGAGCCGGAGGGGCUGCCGCGGCCGCUCGGGACGGCGACGGAGCACGAGAGCUUCGUGCGUUUCACGUCGAAGCGCGGCGAGGACGCCUUCUUUGGCAUCAUCCCUUCGCACAUCGCCAAGACGGCCAGCGAGUGGCGCGGGAAGCAGCGCAACUUGGUGAACGUCUGCACCUCCGCCGCGGCCCACACCCGCAAGAGCACCCAAACUAAACUGCAGCAACUCGGCGUGGUGGCGGCAAUUCAGACGAUGUCAGGCGAAAUGAGAGGGCGGGGUCGCGUGCCGGAGCCGCUGCGGACGACGCUGCUGCAGCUGCGCGAGGACAACAAAACGGACACCGGCGCCACGGCGAGCGUGACGGACGUGCUGAUGGGCAACGUGAACACGUGCAACGCGAUGUACGAGGUCGCGGACAACAAGCUGAAGGAGGUGAAGGCGGAGCUGGAGAAGGACAAGAAGGUGGAUGAGCGCUUCAAGGAGGCCUAUGGGGAGAAGAUGUGGCGGGCGGUGCACCCGGCAACGGACGAGACCCCCGACUACCGCAGCAUCAACGCCGCGAUCGCCGAGCACGAAAAAGGGCUACGUCAGUGGGUGAUUGUGCCUUUCAACGCCGCGAAGAAGACGAUGGAGACGAACAUGCGCGACAUCGCCCGUCUCGACUGGCCAAUCGCAGACCUGGAUGCGCUGAUGCCGUUCGUGGAGACAAAGGAGGCGCGUCAGCAGUCCACGCAGGUCAUGGCGCUCGUCAAGAAACUGCAGGAGCUGAUGGAGACGAAGGAGCGACUCGAGAAGGAGCAGACGGCGGAGGAAAAGGUUCUGCAGGACAAGCUAGAGUCUGACGACGUCGUCUUCAGCAUCUCGUCCGUGGAGCCGUCGCAGCGCGAUGCGGUGUUGGCGAAGGGCGCACAGGACAUCUCCGACGCGAUCGAGCGCGUGAAUGCGAAGGUGCGCGAGGAGAAGGCGCUGCUGCCCAACGCGGAGAAGAUUAUGGAGGAGCUCGGCACGCUUCAGAGCACCGAUCCACUGGCCGAGGAGAUACAGAAGGUGUCAAACAGCCUGGAGAACGCCUGCUCCGUGUACCAAGAGCUCAAGAAGGAAUUUGCGUCUAUUUUGCAGUACACCAACAAGGCCGUAGACGACAUCGACGGCACCUUGGGCUCCGCGCGGUCCUACACCAUGAGCCGUGAGCUGCAAGCGCAGGAGGUGCAGAGCCGGCUGGAUGAGCAGAUCGCCGCGAAGAUGAGCGAAAUGCAAGAGGCCGAGAAUCAGAUAUCGGAGUCGCGGCGCAGGCAGGAGGAACUGCAGAGCCAAAUUGCCUCACUGCAGCAACAGGUGCCACCGAACCGCUACCAGCAAGGGCAGCCGCCGCCACAGCAGGCGCCACCGCAGCCGCAGUUCUACCAAAUGCCUUCCACCGUUCCAACGACCGCACCAGCCACCGCCUAUCAGUAUCCUCCGCCUCCUCUGCCGGUGCCGCAGCAAGAUCUAGUUGCGCCGCCGUCGUAUGAUCAGCUGAGCGCUGUUGCUCCGCGACCGGAUAUGUCAGCGCAGCCGUAUCAGCAACCGCCUCAGCAGGCACCAACGGCGCCAGGGUAUGCGUACCAGUACCCACCUCCGCAGCCAAACAACUAUGGGGGCUAUCCUUCCUACCAGCCGCCCGGGGGGCUGUGA